GUGAGAGUUUAUUUUAGUUUUUUAUUCUUAACCCCAAACCAAUUACCGAAAAUGAAAAAUUACAAAAAAUUUACACAACUUCAUUGAGUUGCUUUAUCUUUCCACAUACCUUAUCUGAAUUUUAAAUUCUUAUAAAACAUAUCAAUUAUUAAAUUUUUUAGAAACACUUUAAAAGUCAUUAAGCAUUUCCGACAACUCCAAGACAAACCGAACAUAUAAAGACCACUCGCCCACCCACCCAAAGCAGCACAUGUCAACCUCAACCCAUCGAUCCACAGCACACGCCCUCACUCCACCACUUUCAUUUAUUUACUCUUCACUGGUUUGAUUUGCGAGUUGUUGAUUGCAUGGAGGAUUUAAUGCUUCCAUUUCUCGGUUUGCUACUACAUUGCCCGAGGGUUAAUAAGUGGAUAAGUAGUAUGUAUGCAGGAAGCAAACUUCUGUGUAUUAUAUGGGGAAUAUAUCGCAUAUUUACAAUCAUUCCCCAGUGCAAACGAACGACCCCGCUGACCACUUGGCUGUGUUUGUGUCGAGAUCGAGACAAACACCCGAAUGCAACGAGUUCAAUGGGAAUAAACCGAAUAUUUGUUGAAAUGUUUGCGUUGAUUGCUCAAAGUUGUUUUCUUAUUUCAUCACUUCAACUCGACGUCUGUCAACGCAACCCGACGUCUGUUUGCCGCGUCUGUCAUCCGUUAAACCGCCGGCUGCAAUGAACACUCGAUGCUUUGAUGUGCUAAUACCAACAACACUGCAGGCAUAACAGCCAAACUCCCGUCACAUGUUGUCCGGAGAGCUUGCGUGUGUGGGUGGGCGGCGAGCUGACUGACAUGCCAAAUGAGGGUUAAAAACACUGUUUGCCUCAAAGCAGGGAAAUGUCAGUGCUGCAAACGGUAAACCACCACUUUCGCUCAGCUGUUUGACGUUUGUUGUUUAAUUGUUUACUUAAUUUUUCGAUUUUGAUAAUUCUUUUAUUUUCAAUUGUAUUAUAAAUGUUUGUUGUUUCACGUUGUUUGUGGCGUUCAUCGUCAAAUUUUAAUUGAAUUUUCAAUUUUUCGAUUGCGGUUUUGAGUGCCAUGCAUAUUCAUUUACAAUACAAUUUGUUUUUCUUUGCUCUGUUUAUUUACAGAAGUUGUAUUAUUGGCCCGGAAUUGACGAUAAAAGUCUGCUCCAUUGGCACUGUGAUAAAUCGUAUCGCAUACGCGGCCGACUACUGUCAGCUGGAGGGUACUUCCGGUCGACAAACACAACCGAUGCCCAUACGUUGGAUGGCCUGGGAAAGUGUGCUGUUGGGCAAAUUCACAUCGAAAUCAGAUGUUUGGUCCUUUGCAGUGACGCUCUGGGAGAUAUUAACCUUUGCACGCGAACAACCCUACGAACAUUUAUCGGAUGAGAAAGUGAUUGAGAAUAUCGGACAUAUCUAUGCGGAUGACAAAUUGCAUGAACUACUGCCGAUGCCACUAAAUUGUCCGCGUGAAAUUUACGAUUUAAUGUGUGAGUGCUGGCAGCGCAACGAAUCGAGUCGACCGAAUUUCCGUGAGAUUCAUCUAUUUCUGCAGCGAAAAAAUUUGGGCUUCAAGCCCAACAACACAAUGCAUUACUAAGGUGGUGUUGUGUUAAAAAAAAUAACCAACGAUUUAUAAAACUGCUAGUGAACUUUAUUAAGUAAAAACGAAAAUGCAUGUAAAAAAUUGUCUGCAUAAAAUCACAAUGAUUGGCGCCGCCUGAAUGGCCGUAAAUACUUAGUAUUUGAAUUAAAGAUUAUAAAUUUAAUUUAUAAGUAAAGCAAAACUCGGCGAAUUUAAUACUUAAAGACAUAGUAUGUAUGUAGCAAAAGCUACCUUGUGUGUGAAAAAACAAAAACCUUUUGUUUAGUCAGUAAAUAAGUAUUUAAAUAAGUAGGUACAUAAGGUUAGAUGUCAUUACAAAACAUUUAAUUCUAAAAAAAUAUAUAUUUAUAGUUAAGUAAUUAAUUAUUUUACGCUAAACAGCUAAUAUUCGUCGAAAAGGCGAAUAAUGAUUGCGUGAUGGUGUAAAGUGUUGCAAGUUUUUAAAUAACAUUAUUAAUGUUUUUAUAUUUUGUGGCAUAUUGUUGGUCAAACAUUAAGAAAACAUGAUUUCAUCGAACCGAUGAAAAUUAUUUUCAGCUCAAAAAGCACACUGUCUAUUAAAAAGCUAAAAAGUAAACAGUUUUUUUGUUUCAAAUUAACUUAAACUUGUUUUCAUUGAAUCGAUGAAUAUUUACUUGAACUCAAAAAAUGUGUAUUUUCAAUCAAAAAAUUUAAAGAUUUGCUUUCUUUCAUCGUUCUUUGACUAAAAUGUAUAUGUGUCUAAUAGCUGAUUAGUCAUUUGAAUCAGAAAUCUAUAAAUUUGCAUUCAGAAAAUAACACACUAUUAACGGUUUAACUCAUUGUUUGGCAAAACUACGAGUCCUAUAGAAAACUGUCAUAUGGCAAAGUUGUAGGUAAUAAAAAGAUCGACAACUUUUGUAUUAACACUUUUUUCACAAUUUUUUAUUUUAAUUUUGAACAAAAAAUAUUUUUCAUUGACGAAAUUUGGUGACUCAUAGCCAAAUUAAAAUUAAUUAGUAGUUUUCGAAGAUAGUUGCAAUUGAUCAUAGAUUUCCUUGAAGCGAUGAAUAUUUGGUUUACCAUAAAAAAGAAACCUAAUGACAGAAAAUACUUAUUUUGGUAAAAGCAAAAAAAAAAAAUAAUAAUUUUAAAUAAAUUUCAUGGAAUGGGUUAACAUGCAACUUAAAAUAAAAAUUUGCCAUAAUUAUAUUAUUUAAAUUAUGUUCUACGUGCAAAAUAAGAAUAUAGCAACUUGUAGUUAGGGAGCACUGGUUAUCAGGGGCGGCACUUAAUCUUGCCAUAAGUUCUGUUACAAGUUCAGGCCGUUAUCAAAAAGAAACUAUCAUACAUUUUAAAAUAAAAUGUAUUUUAAUUACUAAUGCAUAUAUUAAAUGAGCGAUAUUCAAAAUUUUAUUCGAAACGAUCAUCUCUUGCUUUCAUACAGGCCCAUAAAUAUUUCGAAAAUUGAUCAAAAGCAGCACACACAGUUUCUAUUGGUAUUGAUGACGCUGUUCGAACCAAAGACUCUCCAACUCUGACUCUCUACAUUUUGCAGUCCAAUAUAUUCAAUUCUAAACUUCUAGGUGGCCAAUCUGCGGGUAUUAAACCAGGAAUAUUGCUUUUUAGCUACUGCUGAGUGGUUUUUGCCUCGUGUGCUGGAACAGAAUCUUGUUGGAAAAUCGACUGUUCUCCAUCGAAGAGAAUAUUGCUUAACUGUAUUUACACGUCUUCUAAAACAUCCUGCUGGUACACUCUAAUUUUAAGCCCUGUUUCCUGCCUUUACAGAAGACACAGGAUUAUUAUUAUAUUAUUUUCGUCGAUUCGAUGAAUAUUAGCUUCAGCGUUAGCAAACUAAAUAUAUUAAAAUGUUGGCACUAUUGUAGGUGAAAGCCAAUAUUUGAAACUAAUUUUAAAUGCAAAUAGCAUUAAGCAUAUGUAAAUUUCUCUCAAAUGGCCAAUUUGAGGCCUCAAAGCGAAUACACAUCACUAGCAUUUCUAGCAUAUGUGUAGAUUUAGCGGUUAAAAUUAAUACUAAUUAAUACUAAUGUGUUUAUGUAUAUAACGAGAACUUAAACGAAUGCGAUGUAAUCUUAGAUGUAAGUUGAAAUUUCUGUAGGUAUAGGAAAAUGAGAAAUAUUUUCUACGAAGGCUUUAGUUCAAAAAAAUUUUGUAGUUCGCUGAAAAUUAUUAAAAGAAAACCUACAUUGAAUUUUUAAAUUUCUUUUAAGUAUUUUUCGUAUUUUUGUAUAAUUUUUCAUUUAAAAUAAAAUUAUUUUUUAACAAAUAAAUUUGAUUUUUUAUUAUAAAAAACUUAUUUAUUCAUCUAUAUAACCGGUUUUCAUCUUUUCUCUAUAUGCUUAUGAAUAAAUAAUCUUAAAUAUGAACGAAGUUGCAUAUGAUAGUAAUAAGCUAACUAAAUUCUAAGCUCACAAACACACAAAGAAAUAUAUAAAUUAAAGCAUUGAAAUGCAAUAAGUAAUAAGUUAGACGUAUGUGUACCUAUCUCCGCCGCCUGACCUGUCUACAAAGAAUCCAAUUCUCAGCAAAUCAAAUACGAAAAUACUCUAAAUGCUUCUAUUAAAUACAAGAAAACUAUUUAACUGACAAAGUUUUUGUGAAAAAAGUAAAAAUAUGAACUACAUAGACACUAACACUAUAUAUUUUAUGCAUGUACACUGGUUACCAAAACUAUACAUAUAAUAUAUUGCAUUUAAAGGUUAGUAGAGCAAACACAGAAUAUAAAACAUUUGUUUUCAUUGCGAAAUUCUAUAUAUUAAUACGAAAUUAAAAUGCUGUUAAGUAAUGAAAAAAAUGUAGUUUCUAAAAAAAAAAGUAAUUUCUGAAAAAUUUAGUAAAAUAACAGUAUGUUGAGAUACUAUGUAGAACCUGCAGAUAUGUAAAUGUUUUUGACAAUAAGAAAAAGCAAAAAAGGUUUAAAAAAAUUUAGCAAUUUAAAGCAGUCUGAAAGCUAAGACAAUUAAGUUUAAUAAAUUUAUUCUCUAUUAAUUUGGCAAAAUUUUGUUUUAUUUUAAUACAUAUAAACAUACAUAUGUACAAUAUAUACAAUAUUAUAAAACAAAUAUUAUAUAAAUAGUUUUUGUGCAAAACUUUUUUUAAGUUUUUUUUUUUAAUUAUAAACAUUUCAAUAAAUAAAAAUAUAGUAUUUUUAUAAAAUUUUUGGUUUUAUUAAUAUAUAUAUUACAAAAAAAUAUAUAGAAUAUUUUUGUAAAAAAAUAUAUAUAAUAUUUUUGUAAAAAAAAUUUUAAGCUGUUUUUUUUUUAAUUUUUAUGAAAAAUUAUAUUUUUAAUAAUUAAUAAUUUUAAUAAUAAAUAAUAAUUUUUUAUAAUAUGCAUUUAAUUUUUUUAUUAAAAUAUAUUUUAAAAAAAAUUAUAAAAAAAUGUUUUUUAUAUAUUUUUUAUUUAUAGAAAUGUUGAUAAUUUAUAUUUUAUAAUAUUUUAAUUUUUAGAAAUUAAUAGAAUUAUGGUGAUUUUGUGUCAAUUAGGUGCAUAUCAAUUAACAUUUACAACUACUUUGCAACUUUGAGUUGAAUUUUAAAAAAUAGUCGCUUAUCUCUAUGUACACUUAAGCUUUUUCCAAGUCUCAACACCAUAUCAUUAUCAUUUAGCUACAAUUCAGAAUUUACUAUUAAAACUAUGCACUUUUAAAAAUAUUUUGCUGCAUAGCCACACCUUCAUAGUUACCAUAUAUAUUUAUGUAUAUGAAAAAUACUAUUGGAAAUAUAUUUCUAGAACAAGAUUAUCUCAAGUAGAAAGAAACUAGAAAUCAUACACAUCAAAUUUCCCUUGUGCCUUCUUCUGCUAUAACUUUUGACUUUCGUAUUUAAAAUAAUGUUUUUAAUUUUUUUUUUUUUUACAAAAGAAAUAUACCAUUAGCAGGCUUGAAAGUAUUUUGAUUAACACUAGGACGUUUACGAGUUAUCAAUAUCACAUGCUUAUAUGACAAAUGGAGAAUGGAGUUCCAAUUCGACGAAUGUAUUUAUAAUAUUAGCAGUCUUCGAUUCGCCAUUUCUCUGCUCACUAUGCUGGCACACUGCUCUCUUUCAAAACAUUUACGUGUAAAUCAAUAACAAAGCUAACGAGUUAAACUAAUGCAAGAGAGUGCGCGGAUCCCGCACUAAAGUGGUAUAAUCGUUACCUUCAAUGCUACCAAGUUUUUUCGAGUUUUUCACAUUUUAGACCAGUUUACUAUUGUAAAUGGAUCAUUUGGAAAAAUACUAUUAAAAUUAACAUUGACACAAUUUUGUAUUAUUUUUCAAACUUAAAACUUGAUUUAAAUUAAGCUUUUAUAAAAAUAAGUACAACUCCUAACUCAGAGGUUACUAAAAAAAAUUUUUUUUUUUUGUUUUUCACAUUUUAGACCAGUUUACUUUUGGGAAUAGGUCAAAAGACCUAUUUUCUCGCAAAAUACCACCAUUACAUGUACAAUUAUUGAGAUUAUACUCUUUUAUAACCAGUUUAUAUUUUCUUUGGAUUUUAAGUCCAUUAUCAUGAUUAUUUAAUUCACAUUUUAAAUCAGUGAUAUCCGCAGUCAAAAAGCUCAAUUAAUCACAGAAAGAGAGGAUAAGAGAGCGAGCGAGAGAGGCAAGCAAAAUAAAUUUUUUGUUUCCAAGUAUCAGCAAGAUAUUUCAAAUCACUAAUCGUCAUAAAAACUACUUCAAUAAUACUCCACUUAACUUUAAACAACAGCAUUAGAAUGGCUAUUAUUUGUUCCAACAACUUCUAUAAACUGAAAUAAAAAGCGCUUUGGAUCCAUAAAGCAUUUAUUUCUUAUAAUAAGAUACCCCGUCAUACUGGCCUUAAACUCCAAAACCCAAUAAAACGACUUUUUGAAACCGUUGAAAGAACUUUACCAGGCAGAAGCAUCAGUCUGUUUUCUUCAUAAAGUUGAAAGUGAUCACAUAUGAAGUGAGCAGUUGCACGUUUUAAGACAAUAUCGCUCUCUCUCACUAUCUCUGCAAGUUUAAGCGAACUUUAUGUAAGCGAUUAUAUCCACUUGCAAGUCAGAAAAAGUUACUUAAAAACUUGUUAAAAAUACACAAUUUAAAAAAUUCAAUGUACUUUAAAAAUCGGUGAUUCUUGUUUUAAAAAUUUUAGAUUCCCUUGAUCCCGUAGGCGAUCUUCAGGAAGACCGCAAAAAAAGAUGUCUGGCGAUAAUCGAAAUUAUUAUCAAAAAUCGAUUCUUCGAUCAUCAUCUGAAAAAUAUACCGAAAGAAGUCGUGUGGAAAUUUCAAGUCAAUCAGUUCAGCCGUUUCGGAGAAAUUUUCCUCACAGACUCUGAAAAAGCGCUCAUAGAUCUUUGUCGAAUCAGCAUCAAAUUUUCGAUAUAUAUUCUAAAAUAUAUGUUUAUUCGAUAUAUAUCCAAAAAAAAUCGUUUUUUGAAAUUUACAAGUGGAUAUAUGUAAAAACAUAAGAUGUUUCAAUAACUCACCGGUUCCAUAUUUCUUCCAUAGACAAAAAUUAGUGUUUUCGUAGCAUUAAAAAAAUUAUCAUAUGUGAGCAGUGUUCUGACAUAUUUCUAGUUUUGAAACUCAUAUAAAAAUCGUAGCUGAGCUUAUUAAAAAUGCUGCUUUCAUCAAAGAACUUCUUCCAUGAAAAGCUAUAAAAAGCGAUCUAAUAUUGAUCAACCUAAAAAAGUGUAUAUUUCAUCAAUUUAUUAAAAUUUUAAUUUCUUUAUUAAUUUUCAUACUGUUAGCUUCCUCUAUUGUACAUAAUUAUUCACUAUUUACCCUCACUUAAUCCAAAGAGCUUUUUCUACCCUCUGUAGUGCGUAUCUUCUGUUGCUUCCAAAAAGCUUUAAAUAUGAAAAAAUAAAAGGUUUCGCUACCAAUUACAAGUCUUAGAAGAAAAAAAUCAUGAUUUGUGCAAUUUUUUAAUAUUAAGAAUGUAUUAUAUAAGCAUAUACAUAUAUGUCACGGAAUUAUAAAUGUAGUUUUAAUUAAGUGGAACUUCACUAAUAAUAAAAAAUUGCGAUUAUGAAUUAAUGAUAACAAAAAGCUAUUGUACUAAAUUACGUAAAUGUGUAACUACAAAAUACGCUUCAAUGAAGUAGAAAGCAAACUUGAUAUUUAUGUAUGUGUGUAAUUAACUAUUUAUAUAUGCAACAAUGAAUUAAUAGUGUAUGUAUGUUUGUAUGUGUGUUUUUUUUUACAUAAAGCUUGCGCGAACUUUUUUGAUGAGAAAUCGCUAAAACCACUUAUUUGCUGAAAUAUUGUGAGCAUUUAAUGGUAAAAAUUAAAAUAAAAAAAUUAAACAAAAUUAAAUAAUAUAAAUUUAAUUAGAGGUAUUUGAAGGAAAAAAUUGCAUUUAUUGUAUAUUUCAAGGAAUUUGUAAAGUAAAUAAAAGAAUUGUAAGGGAAUGAAGUAAAUUUAUGAAUUGAAAAUUGUAUUUAACUUUUGUUAAAGCCAUAUAUAUAUGUGUAUAAGUAUAUGUAAAACACACACAUGUAUACAAAGCGAGUAUAUACAGAUGACUAAAAACAGUUUUGAAGCUAUAUUUUGGUGUAAGUACGUAUGUAUAAGUGAAAUUUUUUAAUGGCAGUAACACUUUUUUGCAAUUUCAAAUUCCUUGCUUUUAAAAAAAUUAAUUGAUUAUUUAAAAAAUAAUAAUUAUAAGUAAAAGACAUUAAAUGUUAUUGUUUCGCUAACAACGAAUAAACGUGAAUGUAGCUGUAAUGUAAUACAUGGAGCAAAGCAGUAUGUGAAGAAAACUCAAUUAAAUUUAAAAGAAAAAUAAAUUAUUUAUUAUAUGUUUGUAUAUAUAAUACAUAAGUGCAAUCAGUGCGAAAACUUACUAAGCACUCAACUUUUAAAUUAUUUUUCACAAUUUUUAAGAACUUUUAAGUGUGCAAAUAUGAAAAUUAAAU